AUGACAACGUUCGGCCAAUCGACCACUUUCCUUCUGCUUACCUCGGGCCAGGCACUGCAGCCCUCGCUUAACUCGGAGUGCGAGAUGAUUGUUUCAAACCUAUGCGAUGGGGCCAGUACAGGCGCGUGUAUUUCUCUAGCCAAGGAAAUCGGUAUCACCAUUAAAUGGUGGGCACCACCGGCAGGACACGACCCUUGCCUUUCCCUCGAAACAUUGAAGCCACUCUUAACACCCGAAACUCGAAUUGUCACUUGCAAUCAUGUCUCAAACGUUGUGGGUACUAUUUAUCCUAUCCGCAAGAAUGCCAUUGGUACAGGCAAGGUUUUUGGAUACCACAUAGCACAGCUAUACGGCCGGCGAAGUGUUCAGAAAUGUAUGUUGACUGGGAUCAGCCAUUUCUUCCUGAGUGAGAUGCCUGGACAUGACUGGCACCUGCGCCUUGGUUCUCCUGCAUUCGAGCUCAAAGAUGAUCUUGGGGCCAUAAAAAGAUACCUUGGUCAGAUCGGUUGGGAGAAAAUGAUUGCGCAAGAGAUAAUUCUUCAAGAGACCCUUCUAUCUCGGCUUCGACAGCAACCAAGCGUAUUUCGAAUUUUUAGAGAGAACUCGUCGAAUCCACACAAACGGGUACCCGUGAUUGCUUUCCAAGUUAUUGGGGAGUCUUCUCGUGAGAUCAUAAAUCGAAUCAAUCGGCAAACAAAGUUCAGGAUUGUGUCGGGUCACUGCUGGGCACCUCGGCCCACACAUGAUAUUUAUAAUACCGUCGAAGAAUUGUGGGAGCUCUGCGAAACAUUGCAACAGACUCUAGAAUUUAUAUAA